CUGGCACCAUCGGGCCGGAAGUCCCGCUCGCGCCCGGCCGGAGGAGGGGAGAGGCGGGCGGCACCUCCCGCGGCGGGAAGGGGCUGCCCCUGACGGGGUGGGUGCGCCGCACCUCGGGGCGGGGUCGCGCGGCCUCCCCCCGCCCGGCUCCCGGUCGCGCUCCCGCCUCCGGGGGGCCGCGGGGCUGCGGGGCGGGUCCGGGUGCCGCGAGCUCGGGCCCGGGCGACGGCGCAGCAGCCGCUAUGGGCAACAAGCAGACCAUCUUCACGGAGGAGCAGCUGGACAACUACCAGGACUGCACCUUCUUCAGUAAGAAGGACAUCCUCAACAUUUCCCUACGCCACCUGUUUCCCUCGCUGGCCACGGUGACCGGCACUCCCGGGCAUCCCGCGUUUCUGGGGUCUCUGUCACAGAUUCCCGAACAUUCUCGUGUUCCUGGUGGAAAUCCGGCGUGGUCUGAAUGCGUUCGUCUUCGGUACUGUUGGACCUGAGGCUCCACGCACGAUUCUACGAGCUGGCCCCCAACCUCGUCCCCAUGGACUACAGGAAGAGUCCCAUCGUCCACGUGCCCAUGAGCCUCAUCGUCCAGAUGCCGGAGCUCCGGGAGAACCCCUUCAAGGAAAGGAUCGUGGAGGCUUUUUCUGAGGACGGCCAGGGGAACCUCACCUUCAACGACUUCGUGGACAUGUUCUCCGUGCUGUGCGAGUCGGCUCCCCGGGAGCUCAAGGCAAACUAUGCCUUCAAGAUCUACGACUUCAACACGGACAACUUCAUCUGUAAGGAGGACCUGGAGCGCACGCUGGCACGGCUCACCAAGUCGGAGCUGGACGAGGACGAGGUGGUGCUCGUGUGUGAAAAGGUCAUCGAGGAGGCCGACCUGGACGGCGACGGCAAACUGGGCUUCGCGGACUUUGAGGACAUGAUUGCCAAGGCCCCCGACUUCCUCAGCACCUUCCACAUCCGGAUAUGAGGACACUGCCGAGGGCGCAGGGGCCCCGAGGCCAACCAUCUGGGUCUGCUGUCUACACGAGUGUGACCUCUGAGCUGUCCAGAAAAGAGGCUGCGGCCUCUGGGGUUAGACCCACCAACAUUUUCUUGGCCCUUUCAGCAAAAAAUCCUUAACCAGGGAAGGCGGGUGUGGGGAGCAGGGCCCUCCCCAGGCCCCGCCACAGGCCCUCCAUCUGUGCCGCCGAGCCCCCCAGACCGCAGUCCUCUCCCUGUCAGAAACGGCCCCACUGGGAGGGGAAGGCAGAGACCUCACGGGGCAGGGGAUACAGACGUGUCCCAAGUGCUGGGCAGGCGUCCUGAUGGCCCAGGGCAAAGCAAAAAGGGAAAGAGGACAAGGUUUCACGAGCUAUGCAGUCUUUCUCCAAAACCCACAGCUGGGCUGCCCCCCAGCCCCGCCUGGUCCCCUUCGCCCCCGACCCCCCAAUGUGAAGCUGUGUGGACAGUGGGCCAAGGGCUCUGUCCCUGUCCCUGGCUCUGAGGCCUGGGCACCACACCCCCUGCCCCCCAAGAUGUGGAAUUCUCACUGGUGCGUGCUGUCCACACAUUUGUGAAUUCCCGGUAGUAAAGCACUUGGACGUCCCCGUGCUCUGUCUGCCGACA